AUGGGGCCUUUUCCUGUUGUCUGGAGCUGGAUGCUUCUGGCUACCUUGUGCACAGAUGCCAGCUUUGUAGACCAAAAUCCCAGAUGGAUCCUGGCCCCUUCAGGACAGGCUGUGACCCUGCAGUGCAUCCUGAAGGACACCCAGUACCCCUGGAUGGGCUGGUAUCAGCAGGAUCUCCAGGGGCAACUCCAGCUGCUGGCCAUGCUGCGGAGCACUGGAGACACAGAGAAGAUAUCCUUGUCUGAUGCCAACUACCAGCUCACUCGGAGCAGUGACACUGAACUGAGGCUGCAAGUGACCAACGUGACGCAGAGCAGAACCCUGUUCUGCACCUGCAGCAAAAACACAGUGAGAAGCCGUCCUGGGGGCCCUGGAAGUUGGCUUAGUGUGUCCCAGGAGGCCCCUAGCACUGCAAUCUCAGGCCCUAAUAGUGAGCCACUUUCUUAUAUCAGGGAAUGGAGAUCAAAAGAGAAUUGGAGUGAUGGUUUUUCUGAUUACACCAUCACUAGGAAGAUCACAAUCAGCUACUGCAAAGAGACAAUUAUGGAGGAGAUGGCAAGCUGGGAAGGCUCUGGACCAUCUUCUCAUAAAGGAGAGCCACGUCCCUUUUCUGGCAGCUCUGAAAGCAGAGUCAGAGGAUGGAGUGAUGGAGAAUAUUGUUGCUCUGAUGAGACCCUUCCUGCCCAGUGCCUGAAAGCUCCCUAA